AUGAAAAGUGAUACAAGUAAAACAACAACAACAAAUUCUAAUUCUAUAUUAGCAACAACAAGUGAUGAUUUAUCUGAUCCAAAUAAUCUUAAAGCAAUUCAUUCAAUUGAAGCAAUUUUGGGUAUAAAAAAUGGUGAAAACUAUCAUCAACAACAUCCAUUUUCUUCUCAUAAUUUUCCAUCAUCAUUACAAAUACAUCAACAUCAUAAAAAACGACACUAUCCUGAUAUGGUUAAAUCUGCUCGUCGUGUUAGUAAUGAAACAGAUGCAUUAAGUAAUAGUAAAAGUAAUGGUAAUUCAGAUGAUGAUUUAGAUGAUGAUAAUGAAAAACGAGCUUUUGAAAAAUCUCAUUAUCCUGAUGUAUACAAUCGAGAAGAAUUAGCAGGCAAAAUUAGUUUACCUGAAGUACGAGUACAAGUUUGGUUUCAAAAUCGUCGUGCUAAAUGGCGUCGACAAGAAAAAGCUGAAGUAAAUACAUUAAAAAUCAAUCCAGAUUUUCCAAUGUCAAGUUUUCCAGUAACAUCCAGAAAUGGUACAAUGGCUUCAUCAUCGUCGCCAUCAUGUUCAUCAUCCAAUUUACCUAUGGAUCCAUGGCUUAUUAAUCAAUUUACAUCAUCAAAUCCAUCAUUUUGUACAAAUACAAAUGGAUCAAACAAUCAUGGUGGCAUACCAUUUUUUCCAACUAAUUGUAAUGUAUCAACACUUUAUCCAACUCCACCACUUCAUCAUCCAUAUAGUUCAUUUGCUUCGGAUUCGAAUGAAUUAUUAAAUGAAACAAAUAAUAAUAAUAAUAAUAAUGACUCAAUUGCUCAUUUACGUAUUAAAGCCAAAGAGUAUAUGAAUGCUAUCAUUGGUACAACAAAUAAUGGAAAAAAUCAUCUUGUAUGGUCUUAA